GGGAGGAGCUCCGGAGCGCUGCAGGAUGGAACAAGAUAUUUUUCUGAGCUCAGAUGAAUUGGACGAUGAUGUAUUUUAUCCGGAUGACUUUGGGUUUCCUAUUCAGCCUCAGACCCCUUCAGCUAUGUUCACCCAUAGCCCAUCUUACACCUGUAUGUUGGGUCGCUUUCAACUGUUCCCCCUCUCUCAUUGCUGCGGCCCCGGCUGCAGGAUCAUGGACUGUGAGGAUAAGGCCACCCAGACCUUGGAGCCAUCGUCUGUUAAUCGGGAUAUCAUGUUACCUUGUGGUGUUGCAGAAUCCCCGCAGAGGCUUUUUUAUGGAAACGCUGGUUACCUUUUACACCAGCCUACAGACCUAGAUAUGCAAUUAGGAGAGGAGACACAGCACAGGAGACUGGAGCAAAGUGCUGAAAGGCGGAUCGCUCGGAAGUUACAGUGUAUCGGAGAUCAGUUCCAUCGACUUCACUUACAAAGGAUUCAGCAAAACCGAAACCAAGUGUGGUUCCAGAUCUUUAUCUUCUUCCGCAACUUGGUGUUACCUCGUGACAGGAAUAGGGGUGUCAAUGUGAGGUGAGACUCAUCAGCAUAUUGUGAUCAGAUCCGA